UCUCCUAUAAAGCUGCUCUGAGGCUGCAGGAAAGCAUCACAUAGCCUGGGACAUGUAUGCUGCAGCUCUAUAGCAGCCAGGAUAGGACACAGCACCACAGGGACCUUUUCUGCCCCACAGCACCUGGGCACAUUUGGGGCAAUGGCUUCAGGAGGUCUGUACCAUUUACUGCUCACCCUUAUCUUGGCCCAGGUGAGCUGUGAAGACCCCCAGGAAAAUGCUGCCCCUUCUUUAGCCUUCGUCUUUGAUGUGACCGGCUCUAUGUAUGAUGACCUCAGACAAGUCAUCGAAGGAGCCAACCGGAUACUGGAACGCACUUUGAACCGCAGGACCAAAGCCAUCAGCACCUAUGUACUGGUCCCGUUCCAUGACCCAGAGAUUGGACCAAUCACCAUCACCGCAGACCCCGAAACAUUCAAGAGAGAGUUGGAGGAGCUGUAUGUCCAGGGAGGUGGGGACUGUCCGGAGAUGAGCGUGGGGGCCAUUAAGACGGCCGUAGAGGUCUCGCAGCCUGGUUCCUUCAUCUACGUCUUCACCGACGCUCGUGCCAAAGAUUACAGGAAGAAGCAAGAGGUUCUGCAGCUCCUCCAGCUCAAACAGUCACAGGUGGUGUUUGUGCUGACUGGAGACUGUGGGGAUCGGAGCCAUCCAGGUUAUCGCGUAUAUGAAGAGAUCGCAGCCACCAGCUCUGGGCAGAUCUUCCACUUGGACAAGCAGCAGGUCAAUGAGGUGCUGAAGUGGGUGGAGGAGGCAAUCCAGGCCUCUAAGGUUCACCUGUUGUCCACGGAUCACGAGUCGGCGGGGGAGAGACAGUGGGAGAUUCCAUUUGACCCGAGCCUCAAAGAAGUGACCAUAUCUCUGAGUGGUCCCGAUCCCCUUAUUGAGGUGACUGACCCCACAGGGAAAGUGCUCUCUGAUAGCCAGGGCCUGGAGGAGCUGCUGCGGAUCCCUAAUUCAGCUCUUGUGCUGGGACUGAAGCCGACUGUGUCUGGAAUAUGGGUCAUCAAGAUCGGCAGCAGCGGACGGCACACGGUCAGAGUCACCGGGGUCAGCACCUUGGAUUUCCGCGCCGCGUUCUCCACUACGGCCAUCGUGGAUCCCUUGAAAGUCAUCGAGCGCCCAAUAAAAGGGAUUCCCAUCUCGGCGCUGGUUAACUGCUCGGGCCUGACUCCUCCGGGACAGGUGAACCAUCUGGACCUGCUGCGGGUGUCCGGAGAACCCUACUUCUCUCUGCCAGCGGAACGUUUACCGUACAAGCGCAGCAAACACCUGUGGACCGUGCCGCUAUUCCAAGCGCCCAAGGGAAGUUUCUUUGUAAAGAUUAAUGGGACCGACCACAAUGGGUAUAAGUUCCAGAGACUCUCCAAUGUGGCGUAUACCAGCAUUAUACCAGACGUUCCUACAGUGACAAUGGCGCCGCUCGUCCAGGGAUACCACCAGCGCGCUCUCGCAAUCACCUGCUUAGUUCUGAGCGAUAUUCCAUUCAGAGUGCGGUUCUCAAGGGACGGGGCGAGGCUGGGGGAGGAGCUGCUCUUCACGGAAUCCAGCAACGCCACCUACGAGAUCCCGUCUGCGUCCGCUCGCCAUGAAGGCGUCUACCAGUGCACGGCCAUCAGUAACGCCGGGGCAGGAUUCGCUCAAACCCAAGUGUCUAUUGCAGAUCCCCCUCCCACCAUCUCUCUCCAUCCCAAUGUCACGUCGUCACUCGGGGACCUGGCGCUCCUCUCCUGCUACGUCCUUGGAGACGUCCGCUACAACCUCACCUGGCAGCACGAUGGAAAAGCACUGAAGGAGGGGCGGCUGUGGAUCCUGCCAAACUCAUCCCUGCAGAUUCAGAACGUGCAGCCCAGCGAUGCCGGACAUUACCGGUGCACCGCCAGGAACAGCCACGGCUCCACCUCCGCCAGCGUCUGGCUCGCUGUGCAGGAGCCUCCGCGGAUACAGAUUGAAUCGAGCUCCACUCAGUUGUCUCAUGGAGGGGAUGUAAAGAUUCGCUGUGAUGUUUCUGGGUACCCGGAACCCCAAAUAUUGUGGAAACAUGGGGACACCCUCCUGAAGAAUGAUAGCAAACAUACGAUCAUUGACGGCAACGUCCUGCUGAUCAAGGAGCCGAGCCAGGAGGAUUCUGGGAAUUACAGCUGUGUGGCGUCCAAUGGCUUAGGGACAGAUGAGCAGUCCUUGACCCUGACGUACACUGAACGCCCUAAAGCAACUGCUGUGAAAUCUACAAUACAAGUGGCCAUUGGAGAGGACGCGGUGCUGGAGUGUAGGACGGAAGGUCUCCCUCAGCCGCUGGUGGCGUGGUACAAGGGUGACAAGGAAGUUAAAGGCCCCGUCACUGGCCAAUAUGGCGGGACUCUGACCCUUCGUGAGGUGACGGCCAAGGACGCCGGGGAGUUCACCUGUGUCGCUUCCAAUGAGGCAGGAUCAUCAUCAGACGUCAUACGGGUGGAAGUGGGAACUCCUCCGCAGUUUGUGGAUUUCCCUCUGGAUGUAGAAGUAGACGUCGGGGAGAGCGUGCAUCUUCUCUGCAGCGCCGAGGGGAGCCCCACCCCCACCGUUUCCUGGUUCCGCCAAGAUGAAGGCCCGGUGUUACCCUCCGGAACCACAGACAUCAUCGACGGUCCCGGCUCCAACACAAUCCACGUGAAAAUCGCCAGACCGGAGGACACCGGCGUGUACGUGUGCGAGGCCAGGAACCCCUUCGGUUGGGUGCAGGCCGAGAUCCUGCUGACAGUCACCGGACUCGUGGCCCCGCAGAUAUCUGUGGCCCCAUCUGAGAUCACUGUUCUUGAAGGAGAUCCUGCGUCCCUCCCCUGCGCGGUCGCUGCUGGUAACCCGCUCCCUGUGCAGCGAUGGCUGAAGAAUUCUAGACCUCUGCAGUUCCUAUGGCGUCACUCUAUCGAUGAGGACGGCAGACUGCGCAUAGAGCCGGCCCUGAGAGAGGAUUCUGGGAGCUAUGUCUGCGAACUCUCCAACGCCGCCGGAUCGACCAAUCACAGCAUCCGCCUGCUGGUUCAAAUGGCUCCGACCAUCGCGCCUGGACCUCCGGAAUAUACUACCCGAGAGGGGAGGGCUGUCACAUUAUCAUGUAACGCUAAAGGACACCCCCAACCUGUGGUGACAUGGAUAAAGGGGGAGGAGAUCCUGUCUGCAGAGAACGGCCAUUACCAAAUAAACGGGGACGGAAGCCUUUUAAUUACACUGCCAUCUGGUGGUGACUCUGGACAUUACACCUGCACGGCCACAAAUCAAGUUGGGGCCACAAGUCGUGUGUCCCAUCUUAUAGUACACACAAAGCCCAGAAUAAACGUGAAUGGAUCACAUGACCCCAGCACCCCGAUCCACGUGGUCGCAGCCCUGGGAGCGGAGAUCACUUUACAGUGCGACGUGCAGGGCGUGCCCCUACCCACUGUGUCAUGGCGGAAGGACGCCUUACCCCUGCCUAUAGUCUCUGCCAGACAUCACUUGCUGCCGUCCUGGGCCCUCAAGCUGUCAGAGCUGCGGGUGAUGGAUAGCGGGUAUUACACCUGCCUGGCGUCCAACAUCGCAGGGAACACGACGCUCACCUACAGCCUGGAAGUACAAGUUCCCCCGCGUGUCCAUCCCGGGCCAAAACUUCUGAAGACUCUUCUGGGUCGCUCGCUGGCUCUUCCAUGCGUGGCGCACGGAGACCCCACGCCCAGGCUGAGUUGGUAUAAGGACGGUGUAGCCUUAAGAGUCGGGGACCAGGACUCUCUGCCAGGGCCGGACGGCACCAUUAGCGUCCUGGAGGUGCAGCAGUCGGACUCGGGGCAGUACCGCUGUGUGGCUUUCAGCAGCGCCGGGGAAGAUUCGCUGGAGUUCCGUCUGGAGGUUUUAGAGCCGCCACAUUUUAAGGAGAACUCCGACGUCCUGUUGGAACAUACGACCCAUGAGCCGGUGAUGGUGACGUGUCCUGUACACGGGACUCCAACUCCAAUGAUCCGCUGGUUAAAAAAUGGAGCAGUCCUCAACAGUAACCUACCCGGGGUCACCCAGCUCGCCAAUGGUUCUCUACUGAUCGAGUCGCCCUCCCCCAAUAACAGCGGUGACUACAUCUGCCUCGCAACUAGCGAAGCCGGCUCGGCAAGGAGGAAGACCAAGCUGGUGGUGUACGCCCCACCCCGGAUCCUGGAGAACGGACAGGCCCCGAAUAUCUCGCUGAUGGCCAACCAGCCCUUGAUAUUGGGUUGUGAAGUGAAUGGUGUUCCCUUUCCUACCGUAACCUGGUACAAAGAGGAAAGGACGCUCACCGAAGGUCCAGGAAUCACCUUCCAAUCUGCCGGACAGUCUCUACGAUUUUUCCGGAUACGUAAGGAAGAUUCCGGCUCAUACACCUGCAAGGCAGUAAACCGCGCUGGGGAGGCACAACGCACCUACAAUGUGAUGGUGUUUGUCCCUCCAACCAUUUACGGAGCGGGAUCUCUCCAUGAACUGACGGCGAAGGAAGGAGCAGAGGUCGAGCUUCACUGUAGGACGUCAGGGCUGCCAACACCCCACGUGGAAUGGACGAAGGACGAGCAGCCACUCUCUCCGGCGGACCCUCAGCUCCAGCUCCUGGAGGGCGGACAGGUCCUGCGGGUGAACAGCUCUCGUCUCUCCCAUCAGGGCAGGUACCAGUGUUUGGCUUUUAACCCUGCGGGACAACAAGUCAAGAACUUCAACCUCAAGAUCCUCACGCCCCCCACUGUCUGGUCCUCCAACGAGACAACGUCUGUGAUUUCUCUGCUUCAUGGCUCUGUAGAGCUGAAGUGUGACGCAAAGGGAUCUCCACCUCCGAGCAUCACCUGGUAUAAGGACAAGCGCCCCAUUGUGUCCAGCCCAAAAUCCACCUACCGGGACGGGGGGAGAAGCCUGCAGCUUAGUCAGGUCCAGUUGUCUGAUGCCGGGUCCUACACCUGCAGAGCCAACAAUAAUGCGGGCACUGUGGAGAAAUCCUACCUGCUGGAGGUGUAUGUCGCCCCUCACAUAGAAGGAGCGGGAGCGAAGCCGCUGACCAUUAAGGCCACAUUGGGACAUCCUUUGGAUUUGGAGUGCUCUGCAACCGGUCAUCCUCCUCCGGUCCUGUCCUGGCUAAAAGACGGUCUUAUGGUGUCUGAGAGAGACAGAGUGCAGAUUCAAGAUGGCGGACGGACUCUACAUUUUGCAGCAGUGGCAGAAAGCAAUGAAGGGGACUAUACCUGUGUAGCCAUCAGUUUGUCUGGAGAGACCACCCUGCGCUAUUCCGUGGAAGUUCUCAUUCCUCCCAGUGUACAGAUUGGUGAUGGUUCGGGACAAGUCAUUGUGACAGUAAAUGACGCCCUGGAUCUCUCCUGCCUGGUGACCGGACACCCGACUCCGAGAACGUGGUGGUUGAGAAAUGGCUACCCGGUUGCGGCUCAGGAUGGGCUGGAUGUAUUGGACAGCGGGAGAACCUUGUCUAUCCGUCUCAUACAGCCUGGACAUGGCGGGAGAUACUUGUGCAAAGCUGAAAGUGAAGCCGGGACGGCAGAGGCGGCAGUGAAUGUGCUGGUGCAGGAGCUCCCAUUGGUCACCAUCACCGGUGGCAGCAGCGUGUCUGCGAAACUACGAGAGCCUGUGACCCUGGAGUGCGAUGUUUCAGGUACCCCACCCCCGACGGUGACUUGGUGGAAGGACGGACUGCAGGUGGAAGCACAAGGGGCCAAACUACAGAUCGAGGCUCUCUCCAUUGACGAUGAAGGCGUCUAUACAUGUGUGGCUGCAAAUGAGGCCGGAGAAGGAAGACGGGACGUGCUGCUCAACGUGCUGGUGCCUCCAAACAUUGAGCCCAAUGAUGUGAACCAUACUGUGGUGGAGAACGACCCAGCGACCCUGGAGUGCCUGGCAUCAGGGAGUCCUCCACCGGUGGUCUCCUGGUACCGCGGGGGGCAGUUGCUUUCCGCCAUGCCUGGUAUCACCCUCCUAAAUGAGGGCCGGACCCUACAGAUAGACAGAGCGAGCAGCUCGGAGGCUGGAGAAUAUGUCUGCCUGGUGUCUAACUCUGCAGGCAGCAGUGAUCAGCUCUACACACUGGAGGUUCAUGUGCCCCCCCGGAUUGUAUCCAUGACGGAGCUGGCCACCUACCUGGUGAAUGAACAGGUCUGGCUGGAGUGUAACGCCACAGGACUCCCAGAACCGACUCUCAUGUGGUUGAAAGAUAACAUUCCUGUUUCCACAGCGAGCGCCGGACUGCGGAUUUUGGAGCAGGGGAGAAUUCUCUCCAUCUCUGCGGUUCACGUGUCGGACUCAGGAUUAUACACCUGCAUCGCUGUGAGUUCUGCAGGCGAAGACAGCCGCACCACAGAUCUGCAGGUGUACGUGCCCCCGAGCAUCCUGGGAGAAGAGUUUAACACUUCGGUUACCGUCACCCAGCCAUUGACUCUGGAGUGUGAGAGCAGCGCCGUCCCGCCCCCCGCGAUCACCUGGCUGAAGGAUGGGCGGCCGCUGCCUAAGAGGGCAGGGAUACGGGUAACAGAGGAGGGGCGAUACCUGCAGAUUGACCAGUCCCAGCUGCGGGAUGCAGGAAGAUACACGUGUGAGGCCUCCAACGAGGCCGGCCGCUCCGAGAAGUAUUAUAAUGUCCUCAUAUGGGUGCCUCCUACGUUCCCAGCCUCCCCGGACUCCCCCAUGUCGGUCAUUGAGGGGCAGCCGGUCAGCUUUACCUGUGAAUGUCAGGGGUCUCCACCCCCCGUACUCACCUGGACAAAGAACGGGUCCCCCCUCAUGGAUGAGGAGCGCGCUCAGGUCUCCGCAGGGGGGAGGCUGCUGCAGAUCAGCCGGGUCCAGGCGUCCAAUGAAGGAGCGUACAGCUGUGUGUGCAGCAAUGAGGCCGGAAGCAGCCAGCGGGACUACUCACUGGAGGUCUACGCUUUGCCGGUAAUAACCGGGAGCAGCCAUGUCCCGCGGCAGAUGACAGUCACGCGUGGCGGCCACAUCACCCUGGAGUGUAUUGUCAGCGGGAAGCCCACACCAUCAGUAACGUGGCUCAAAGAUGGCUUCCCACUGGGGACUGGACCAGACGUCAUCCUGAAGAACAAAGGUCAUCAGCUGACCAUAACCCGCGCCCAACCACCGCAUUCCGGGCGCUACGUGUGUGUGGCGGUGAACGCGGCUGGACAGACGGAUGUGAAAUAUGACGUCACGGUGCAGGUUCCACCUCAGAUUGCAAACUCCCCGACCGAGCCCCAGAACAUAAGUGUCGCUCUGCACGGCACCUUCUCGCUCGCCUGUGAAGCUAAUGGGAUCCCUCCUCCGUCCGUCACAUGGUAUAGAGAUAACGUCCCGCUGGAUAGUACCCGCGUGCAGUCAGGAGGUCGGGUCCUUAAAGUAUUACACGCACAAAGAGAAGAUGGCGGAGUCUACGCUUGUGUGGUCUCUAAUGCAGCCGGAGAAGCCAGGAAGAAAUUCGUUGUGGAUAUCUUAGUCCCGCCCACCAUAGAAGACGAUGAUGAUGACAAACAUUUCCGCGUAGCAGAAGGUCGGCCCAUCCGUCUCCGCUGCCGGGCGUCAGGUCACCCGCUGCCAAGUAUCUCCUGGUUCAGGGACUCCCAGCCCCUCCAGAGUGGAGACGGAAUCCAUAUCUCCGAGGACGGGUCUGAGCUCCUGAUAGAGACGGCGAAUGUCUUCACCGCAGGACAUUACACCUGUCUGGCCAUCAAUCCCCUCGCCGAGACCAGCAAAUAUUUCAUAUUAACAGUUUUAGUGGGCCCCACUAUUUCUGGAACCCCGGAUGACGGAGCUAAUGAAGAUGUCAUCGUCAUUGUUAACAACCCAUUGUCGCUCAUCUGUGAAGCUCUGGGAUUUCCGAUACCUACUGUCACCUGGCUGAAAAAUGGCCAAGCGUUCCGAGAGUCGGACAACGUCAAAAUGAUUCCUGGGGGUCACGGUCUGCAAAUUCUGAACGCUCAGGAAGAAGAUGCCGGUCAGUACAGAUGCCUGGUAACCAAUGAGAUUGGAGAAGCCGUCCGGAAUUAUGAAGUUAAAGUUUUCAUUCCUCCUCUAAUCACGAGGGAUUCCGGCGAGAAUCAUGGCGCCAAAGAAGUGAAGACAAAGGCGAACAGCACUUUAACCCUUCAGUGUGAAUCUCAGGCGGUGCCUAAACCCACGGUGCACUGGUACAAAGACGGUCAGCUUCUGGACAGCUAUGGCACGAUGCAGAUCCUAGGUGAUGGACGUGUGCUCCAGAUCCAGCCUGUCCGCGUGUCCGACUCCGGCCGCUAUACCUGUGUCGCCACAAAUGUCGCGGGAGAAGAUGAGAGAGAAUUUCAAGUCAACGUUCAGGUCCCCCCAAUAUUUCACAGGCCCGGGGGCUCCAGUGCUGCAUUGGAGCUGGCCCUCCGAGAGGAUGAGGAGGAGGAGCUGACAGAGCACAGGGAGGUCGUGGCCUCCAAUCCCGUCUCUUUAUACUGUGAUACUAACGCCAUCCCACCCCCCACCCUGACCUGGUACAAGGAUGGGAAGCCGGUCUCUGAAUCCGAGGGGACGCUGGUGCUUCUGGAUGGGCGCAUCCUUCAGAUCCCUGUCUCACACGCAGAGCAUGCUGGGAAAUACACAUGUGAGGCAACAAAUGAAGCCGGAGAGGACAGAUUGCAUUACCAGCUUGUGGUUCUGACUCCACCUUUGAUGCUCGGAGAGGUGGACGGGCUCAUACAGGAGGUCUCCGUUAUUUACAACCAAACGGCCGAAUUACACUGCGACGCUACAGGCGUUCCCCCACCAACCAUCACAUGGCUGAGGAACGGGCUGACACUGACCACCGCUAACCAGUAUGAAGUCCUGGAGGAGGGGCGAAGGCUGCAGAUCCACUCGGUGCGGGUGACUGAUAUAGACAGCUACGUGUGUGUGGCGGAGAAUCCGGCCGGCUUUGCAGAGAGACUCUUCACCCUGAUGGUUCAUGUUCCCCCCAGAAUACUUGGAGCGUGGAGUGAAAACGCCAGCGCGGUCCUGCACGGCGCCAUCUCCCUGGUGUGUGACGUGCUGUCUCAUCCCUCCCCGGAGGUGACCUGGUACAAGGACGGGCAGAUCCUCCAGCCUGGUAAAGGAUUCCUCAUCAUGCCUGGGGGCCAGGUCUUACAGAUCGGUCGAGUUCAGCUGUCCCACCAGGGAACGUAUAUGUGUAAAGUGCAAAAUCCAGCCGGAUCUGCUGAAAAAACGAUACAACUCACCGUGUAUGCCCCGCCGAGUAUUAAGGAACCACCACCCGGGACCAAGGAAACCACCCUUCGUCUUGGAGGCACCUUAACAUUGCUGUGUGAGCCUGACGCUGCGCCGGAGUCCACUGUCACAUGGUAUAAGAACGGACAAGCACUCAUCGGGAGCAACAGCGUCUCCAUCCACAACGGCGGUCAGAGACUGGAGAUCCGGGACGUGCAGGCAUCAGAUAAGGGACUUUACACCUGUAAGAUGACCAACAUGGCCGGAGAAGCCGAGCUGAGCUACACGGUGAUCAUACAAGUGCCGGCAUCCAUCACUCAUCCACAGAAUGAAACCAUCCAGCUGAUGAUGGGGAACUCCAUAGUCUUGUCUUGUGAAGCUGAAGGUUCCCCCCCGCCCAGGAUCACAUGGCUCAAAGACGGAAAACUGAUUGAAAACGCCAACCAGCUGGGGGUGAUCAUAACUGGGAGCCGCCUGCAGAUCAACCGGGUACAACCUGCGCAGCUGGCCGGACAAUACACCUGCAUAGCGCAGAACCCCCUGUCUGAGUCUCACAAGGACUUCCUACUGCUCAUACAAGUGGCCCCCAGAAUCCUCGGAUCCGACCUGCCCAGUGAGCGGAUCAUCCAGGUCACACGAGAGGUGACACUGGAUUGUCAAGCGGAGGGCACCCCGGCCCCCCAGAUACUGUGGCUGAAGGAUGGGAGACCCCUAGACCUUCUCUCUUUCCCAAACCUCCGGCUUUCUCCGGAUGGACACUCCUUGGUCCUCAGCUCAGUCCAGGCCUCUGACUCCGGACGCUAUACGUGUCUGGCUCGGAACGUCGCCGGAGAAGACACAAAGGUUUUCGUUUUGAACAUUCUUGCGCCCCCAGUGUUCGAAUCUGGCACCAAUGUAUCGGAGACUCUGAGCAGCGUGCCCGGAUCUCAGGUGACCCUGGAAUGUCUUGCCAGCGGCUCCCUGCCCAUGCAGCUGACCUGGCUAAGAGACGGGAAUCAGCUGCCGGCUUCUCGCUUCCUCCGAAUCUCAUCAGGAGGAAGAAUUCUCCGGAUCUCCCAUGUGCAGGUGUCAGAUGCCGGCGUUUACACGUGUCUAGCAACAAGCCCUGCUGGAACCGCAGAGAAGAGCUUCACCCUUCUGGUAGAGAGCCGAAGACGCUGGAAUCUAUAUCUGCAUGGCCAGCAGCACGGCGGGAAGAGACACCAGGGCGACGUGGGUGCGACUGAAAGUUCCUCCCACUGUUAUUGGACCCGAUGAACCGCGCUCGCUCUCGGUGUCCAUUGGAGGACAACUGGUCCUGGAGUGCAGGGUGGAAGGAGACCCCGUCCCAACUAUUCAAUGGUUCAGAGGAGAAGCCCCCCUCCAGAUGGACAGAAGGGUCCAGAUUCUCUCCAAGGGCCGUUACAUUCAGAUCCACAGCCUGCAGGCGUCUGACAGCGGCGAGUACACCUGCAUCGCCUCCAACCCCAUAGGCACCACCAGCCUGAGGUUUAUUGUGCAAAUACAAAUCGCCCCCUCCAUCUUGCCCGGACCGUCCGUGGUCAGCGCCUCUGUCAAUCAAACAGCCUUAUUACCGUGCUGGGUGGAGGGGCUGCCCCCGCCAUCUGUGACGUGGAAAAAAGACGGCAGCACGCUCUCCGUGGAGAUGUUCAGACUCGAGUUCCUUAAAGACGGCUCCCUGCGCAUCCCACAAACUCUUCUGCAGGAUUCCGGAUACUACCUCUGCACAGUCACUAACUCCGCAGGAAUCGCCCGGCGCGGGGUAGAACUACGAGUUUACGCUAACGGCGGCUUCUCAGAAUGGCAGGAGUGGGGUCCCUGUACUAGGACCUGUGGUCAGGGAGUCCAAGAGAGGGUCCGGAUGUGUAACAACCCCCCACCGGCCAAUGGAGGACGACCCUGUAUGGGGAGGGACGUGGAUGUCAGGGCCUGUAGUCUGCCUCUCUGCCCAGUGGACGGGGGUUGGACCGGGUGGAGCAGUUGGUCUCAGUGCUCGGCGUCCUGCGGUGAAGGCACCAGACAGCGCACUCGAUCCUGCUUCUCCCCUCCCCCGCAAAAUGGCGGAAAAACCUGCUUUGGGAAGGACGUGGAAACAGAGACAUGUCAGCUGCCGCAAUGCCGAGCUGUCGCCUCUCGGGUACGCGCCAGUCUCAUUGGAAUUGUUAACGAUCAAGAUUUUGGACUCUCCUCGCUCAGCGCCAACAUGACAGAAAAUCCGCAGACCAGAGCCACCACUAUAAGCAGCAGCAUCGAAAACAUCCCACCCGCCAUAGGACCCCUGAUGAAGGUGCUGAUCUCCAUGAUCGCCCCCCUCUACUGGUCCGCCGCCUUCCCCUCCGAUGGCACCAUUAAUGGCUUCAGCCUCACCAAAGGAGUCUUCAGGAAAGAGUCUCAGGUGGAGUUUGCCACAGGUGAACAGCUCCGCAUCACUCACAUCGCUCGGGGGCUGGACUCCGACGGGAUCCUGUGGUUCGAUAUCGUCAUCAAUGGAUUCGUACCGGAAUCGCUGGCGUCCUCUGAUAUCGUCCUCCAGGAAUUCACAGAGACCUAUGUGCAGACCGGAGCCGGACAGAUCAACGCCUGGGCCUCCCCAACCUUCACCAAGGACGGCAGCUUCCUAUCUCUGCGCUGUAAUCACACGGUGGAGUACAACCCCGGCCUGGGUCGCCAGAUCAAGAACGCCCAGAGGCUGCACGUCAGCGCCAUCCGAUCCUCGUAUAUCCCCGAACUGGAGGAGCUACAAUUCCAGCUCACAGCGUCACUGCAAGGAGGUGUGAAUGGGGGCGCGUGUCCUGGGGGCUUCAUCCAGUCUGCAGAUUCCUACUGCACCGACAUAGAUGAGUGUGACCUCCGCCGUCUGUGCUCUCACAUCUGCCAGAAUAAUCCCGGAAGCUUCCUCUGCUCCUGCCCUGCGGGAUACACCCUGGCGAUGGAUAACCGCAACUGCAGAGAUGUGGAUGAGUGCAGGCUCGGCAGUCACCGCUGCCCCUCCGGCCAGGAAUGCAUCAACACGCCCGGAUCGUACCGCUGCCUUCUGCGCUGCGGACCCGGCUUUCGCCCUAAUGCUGAGGGGGCGGCCUGCGAAGACGUGGAUGAGUGCGGCCAGUCCUCGCCAUGCCAGCAGAGGUGCUUGAAUACUAUUGGCUCGUACCGCUGUGCGUGUGACCCCGGCUAUGAGCUGAAAGGCACCCGCUGUAUAGAUAUCAACGAGUGUCUACGAGGAGUCUGCGCGCCGCAGCAGCUGUGUACGAACACCCUGGGAAGCUACCAGUGUAUAGACAACUGCCCGACGGGGACCACGCGAUCCGAGUCUGGAGCCUGCAAUGAUGUCGAUGAAUGUCGCAACGGGUCCCACAUGUGCCGCUACAACCAGAUAUGUGAGAACACCAUGGGCGGAUACCGCUGCACGUGUCCCCGGGGGUACCGGACCCAGGGUGUCGGGAGGCCGUGUCUGGAUAUUAAUGAAUGCCAGCAGGUGCCCAGACCCUGCGCCUACCAGUGCCAAAACCUAGCCGGCAGCUACAAAUGCCUGUGCCCACCCGGCAAACAGCUUCUGGGGGACGGGCGUUCCUGCGCAGGACUGGAGCGCCUCAGCAAUAGCUCUGUCCUCGGUAUCACCGGGGCCCAGUACGAGCGGCCGAUAACUAAUGGACGUAUUCACGGCAACAACGUAUACACCUGGCUGUCCUACAGCCAAAACGGCAACCUCAUCGGCCAGAACAGCCCGGGCCGGUGCCCACCGGGAUUCAUCCGCAGGAACGGGGCUUGUACAGAUAUUGAUGAAUGCCAACAGCGGAACCCCUGCCAGCAUGAGUGCCGGAACACAGAGGGCAGCUACCAGUGUCUGUGCCCGUCAGGAUACCGACUGCUGCCCAACAACAGGAACUGCCAAGACAUAGAUGAAUGUGCGGAGCAGAGAGUCAGCUGUGGAGCCAACCAGAUGUGCUUCAACACCCGCGGAGGAUACCAGUGCCUGGACACCCCCUGCCCUGCGUCCUACACCAAGGGCCCCAGCCCAGGGACUUGCUAUCGCCGGUGUCUGACGGACUGCAGCUCGGCCGGCCCCUACACGCUGCAGUACAAGCUGCUCACCCUGCCUUUCGGGAUUCCUCCCAAUCAAGACGUCGUCCGUCUCAGCGCUUUUUCGGAAGGAGGCGUCCACCAGAACCGAACCAGCUUCACGGCCCUGGAGCAGGAUUCGGGCAGCCCCUUCGCUCUCCGUGAUGACGGGGGCCACGGGAUCAUCUACACCUUACGAUCGCUGGACGCUUCGGGGGUUUACCGGAUAAAAGUGCAAGCGGCGUCUCACGGCGAGCAGCAGGGGCUGCGCUAUCAGAGCGUCUUCAUCAUCUACAUCUCCGUCUCUCCGUAUCCAUACUGAGUCCAAAGUCACCACCUGGGGGCGCUCAGGAACCUAUUGAACUAGUGAUGGUGGAGGCCACCGCCGCCCAUCGUCUCAUGUGUUUUUUUUAUUUGUAUACAUCAGCGUUUCCCAACUAGGGUGCCUCCAGA